AUGGCAAAGGAGACGGCGAAGAAGAACUUAAAGAAGAACAUUGCGCGUAUGCGCGUCUUCUCGAUGAUCACCGCCGCAGUGAACGCCCUUUAUGUGUUCGCCAUCUUCUACCGCAACGGUAGUCUGCCGUCGUUUUACGAUCUCAUGGCGAUUGGCUUCUGGGCCGGUCAGGAGUAUCUGGCCUACUCGACGCUGAACAAGUUGGCGCAGCCCACCAUUAGCCCGGAAGGCGGUUUACUGGACUGUAUCGACGUCUCCAACCCGCAGGAGCUGGGCUACUACACUUUGGUUCAAGAUAUCCUGUGGGUGUGCUGGGUGGUCCAGGCGCUGUGCAUCCUGCAUCCCGCCUUCAUCGUUUUUUACCUCCCUGUGCCAGCGACACUCAUCUACAAGCUGUGGGACACGGUGCUGAAGCCUUUAGCAUCCACCUACUUCGGCAGGAGCGGCGCCGGAACUGGCGCGGAUGACGGUGGUAGCAAUAGCCCCCCGCGCAAUCGCCAGGAGCGACGGAAGGAGGAGCUGAAGCAGCGCAAGGCGGCGCGACGUGGCAAAUCAGAGACAGAUUGA